CGGGCUGAGGCGGACUUUGGCUCCCUUCCUCCCCUCCCUCCCUCUUCUGUCUCCCUCUUUUCUCCUCUUUCCACCGCCUUCUGAGCCCAGCCCGGGGACACACCUGAUCUUCCCCCUCCCGUUCCUUCCUCCUCCCUCUCCUCCUCUCCACCUCCUCCUCCUCCCUGGGGACUCUGCGGAGAAGAAAGGGGGGUUGGCAAGGGGGCAUGUGGGUGCCCCCCCGACAGUGGCCAGCUUCGGCGUGACACACGCACAGAUGGCCAAGUGGCUACGGGACUACCUGAGCUUUGGCGGCCGGAGGCCCCCUCCGCAGCCGCCCACCCCCGACUACACGGAGAGCGACAUUCUGAGGGCCUACCGGGAGCAGAAGGAUCUGGACUUCGAGGACCCCUACGAGGACUCAGACAGCCGCCUGGAGCCGGACCCUGCGGGCCCCGGGGACUGCAAGGGUCCCGGAGACGCCAAGUACGACUCUCCCAAGCACCGGCUCAUCAAGGUGGAGGCUGCGGACAUGGCCAGAGCCAAGGUCUUGCUGGGCGGCCCCGGGGAAGAGUUGGAACUCGACACGGAAUACUCAGACCCCUUUGAUGCUCAGCCUCAUCCGCCACCGUCAGAUGACGGCUACAUGGAGCCCUAUGAUGCCCAGCGGGCCGUGAGCGACCUGCCAUGCAAGGGGGUUCAGCUGUAUGACACUCCCUACGAGGAGCAGGACCAAGACCCAGGAGAUGGGGCCCCUUCCGGGAGGAGACCUCGCCAGAGCCGGCUGCCUCAGGAGGACGAGCGGCCAGCGGAUGAGUACGACCAGCCCUGGGAGUGGAAGAAAGACCACAUCUCCAAGGCAUUUGCAGUGCAGUUUGACAGUCCCGAGUGGGAAAGGACCCCAGGCUCUGCCAAAGAGCUCCGGAGACCCCCGUCCAGGAGUCCCCAGGCCGCUGAGCGCGUGGACCCGGCCCUGCCCCUGGAGAAACAGCCGUGGUUUCACGGCCCACUGAGUCGGGCAGAUGCCGAGAACCUCCUGUCUCUCUGCAAGGCAGGCAGCUACCUCGUGCGUCUCAGCGAGACCAGUCCCCAGGACUGCUCCCUGUCCCUCAGGAGCAGCCAGGGCUUCCUGCACCUGAAGUUCGCACGGACCCGAGAGAGCCAGUUCGUGCUGGGGCAGCACAGCGGCCCCUUCGCCAGCGUGCCGGAACUGGUCCUCCACUACAGCUCCCGGCCGCUGCCCGUGCAGGGCGCUGAGCAUCUGGCCCUGCUGUACCCGGUGGUCACGCAGACCCCCUGACCCCAGGACCUUCGGCCCCUGCCCUGCACCACGUGGGCCCAGAUUUACUGGCCACAAACGCUGGAGGUCUUUCCAGUCCUGGAGGAGGCCGGAGGGAGGGGGAGAGACUCGCUUCGCCUCCAGGCCCCGGCUCUUCAUCAGAGCUGCCUUCUCUGCCUUCUCUUGGGUUCUAGGUUCCAGGAUUGUGUCUCCAAGCACUCCUCUGGCCUGGAAAAUAAAUAAGUUAU